AUGGAGAACCCGGUGCUGGAGCCACGAGCAGAGCGCAUCGCCCGGUACAAGGCAGAGCGGCGACGGGAGCUGGCGGAGCGCUUCGGAGUGGUAGAGGAACUGCCGGUGAAGUGGACCAGGACCGAGGCCAGAGAGGGCCAGGGCGAGCAGGGCAGGCACAGGGGGAUGGUGACCUCAGAAAGUGAACCAGCGCUAACGAACAGACUUCACAGCAGGACGAGAGCAAACGGACUCGAAGCAGACGAGCUCAGCCACCACAGAAGGCCCGGGCCCCAGGACGGUGUAGAGGGGGAGGUGGACGGGCCUCAGCUCCACACUCGGGUGUCAGUGGGUCAGCUGAGAAGUGCUCUCCUGCAGCAGCGUGGGACCCCGAGUGACCAAACCAGUGCUCCUGACGCGGCCUCGGCCUCCCUGGACCUGGCCCUGCGCCCGGGUUCAGAGGCUCGGAGGCGCACACGGCGGUACCUCCCUUCCGGGUCGACCGUGUCCUCCCGAAAAACCAGCGACCGAUUCAGAACGCAGCCAAUCACAGCCACCGAGAGGGAGCAGAGCAGUGGUGUCCUGGAUGAAGUGGAAGAGGAAGACUCGAAAGGUGAUGUUAAAACAGACGACAGAGCCAAGAUGAGUGUGGCGGCGAAGAUGUCUUUGUUCAAGGAGCUAGAGAAGUCUGCCCCUGCCUCCUCCUUCCUGAAGCCUCGUUCUGGGAGCGUGAGUCACGAACGCCGGGCACGGAGGAGCCAAGACCACCGCUUCAUGACGCAGCCCAUCACCUGUGAGGAGAUGGGGGCCAUAAGUAUCCCCAAAGCCGCCCCAGUCCCAGCCCCGGCUCCAGCCCCGGCUCCAGCCUCAGCAGCAGCAGCAGCAGCAGUAGAGCCUGAGUGCACAGACCCAGAGCUGGUGGAGGAUGAGAGCUGUAAAAUGAGCAUGAGUGAGAAACUGGCUCUCUUCAACAAGCUGUCUCUGCCCGAGCGGAUGGCGGGAGGUCCAACAGAAUCAGCCCCAGACAGACGCAGACAGAAGGGGGCUCGCUACCGCACCCAGCCCAUCACUGUGGAGGAGGUCGGCCUGCUCCAGAAAGGCCCAGUGCAGCUGCCUGCUUUCUCGCUGGCUCCUCACCUCUCUGAGAGACAGCAGGCUUUGUCCAACAACCUGAAGCCCAGCGAGGUCCGCCGCUCACAUCCCAAACUGGACCCAAGUGCUGAGUACUUUUCUCCCCAAUCGAACCCACAUCUGCCCCAUACUGACUCUGAACUGGGUUUACGUAGCAUCCUGAAGAAAAGUGGCUCUGGAGGCUCCGAAUGGGCCCAGACCGACACGGCCGUUUUACCUGAGCAAAAUGGCGGUGAAAGGGACACUUUCAGAAGGAAGGAGGAGAGACAGGAAGUGACAUCAGCGCAGCAAAGGGCAAAUGUGGACGGGGCAACUCCAGGUAGAGCGCCAUGGCGACAGAGGGCGCGGGGCCGCAGGGAAACCAUCGCCUGUACGUCGCUGAGACCCGAAACGGACGCGGGGGCCGAGAGGCUCAGCGCAUUGCCAGUGCUAAGCAAUGGCCUUGAGAGCGGUGGUCUGAGUAUAAGACAAAGAGAAGCAGCUUUGACAGCACGAGUGUCGCUACAUGACAGCAGCACUGAACCAAAACCAAUCACAAACGGCCGCAGAGCUAAGGACGACUCAGACAUCGCACAGGACGGUAGCGGUGACGGCCCUCAGUCCUGGGGCCCCGUCUUUGCCUCUGUGUUCUCUAGCAGUAGGCCUCAGUACAUAAUGUGUUUCAACCAGACAAGCCAGUCAUUUGAAGCCCAAGAAGUGGCAUCACCAGCACCAAACUCUGCUCUGCCCCUGUGGAGAAAGAAGGAGAACGAUGAUGAGUCCAGUGGAGCAGAAACUCACGCACAGGAACAGAAGAGAGGGGCGGAGUCUCCGGUGGAUGAGCAAAGGGACAAAAACGAUUUAGAUUUAGAGUUUGAAGCGUGUUUACCCGAUGACACAGCCGUCAGUGCAGAGGUGAAGGAUGUGCCGAGAGCCUGUGAACCGCACCCGUCUGAUGGAGGUUUCCAUGGCGACUUGUCUUCCCUCGCCCCCUGUGUACCGCCUCCAAGAGACGCCUCAGCCGCAGAAUCACAGGACGUCUUCUGCCAGACCAACACCAACAUCUUGACGUCAGCGGUAGCAGAGCACCGGCGCUCCGUCCGCCCGUCCAGACGCACUCAGGGCUCCAGAAACCCGCUCCGCGCUCUGGCCGCCAGAGCAGACCUCCAGGACGACUUCAUGGGAGACUCAGCCGAUGAGAGACUGCAGGCUCAGCAGAAAUCUAAAAACUGCUCCUCGAGUCUUUCAAAGGCAUCUAAUUGUGGAAAUGUCUCUGGCGCGUCCCGUGAGACCAACAAAAACCUAAUGCUCGUCCACAUCAAAGGAAGGCGGCAUGUCCAAGUCAGACUCGUGGAGCCAUCGGUGAGGUCUCUCAACAGCGGAGACUGCUACCUGCUGGUGACUCCGGAGCACUGCAUUGUGUGGAGCGGAGAGUUUGCCAACGAGCAAGAGAAAGCCAAGGCCCGUGAGCUGUCCGUCCUGGUCCAGAGCCAGAGGGACCUAGGUUGUAGGGCGACCCGUGUGGUGCAGCUGGAGGAGGGGUUGAACUCCGACAGUGCAGAGGCCUCAGACUUCUGGAGCCUGCUGGGAGGACGCACACAGUACAGGGGAGCCAGCGCCCCAGAGGAGGACGAGGAGUUUGAGCGAGGAGUCUCUGAGUCCAACUGUGUGUAUCGUCUGGUGGAGGACCGACUGGUGCCUCAUGAAGAGGCCUGGGCCUGCGCCCCCACGGCCUCCCUUCUGGAACCCACUGAGGCUCUGGUACUGGACUUCGGGGGUGAGGUGUACCUGUGGACCGGGCAGGACGUGUCCCCCAGCAGGAGGUCAGUGGCGCUGCAGUUGGCUCAGCAGGUUUGGAGCGGUCCGUACGACUACAGCAACUGUCAGCUCAACCCUCUGGACCCCACACAGAGCAACCCCGCUGUUAAACCGACGGGAGAGGGACGUCCAGCCUGGGCCCUCUUCAGCCUCAUCUCUCAACACAGUGAAACAGCUUUGUUCAGGGAAAAGUUUGUGAACUGGACCAAGAGCGGAGCCUUUAGUGCUUCUGAGGCAGUGACACAAGAAUCUCAGCCUCAGCCCGGCCCCUCAGACCUCAGUCCGUGUGAUGCCAAGGCCCUGGUCUCGGGACGGUCCACAGAGCGGGAGCCCCCCAGUGUUCUAAGUGGUGGGGACGUGUCCGGAGGUAACCAGGCCAUUUCUCUGGACGUCGGGCGGCAGACGGAGCUGAGCACUUUGGCUGUGGACACGUGGCUCGUCCAGGAGUUUGACGACACUGAGGUCCCUGUGGAGAGUACGGGACAGCUGCACGAGAAGGAGUCCUACGUGAUCCGCUGGACGUACAGCUUCAACUGCUCUGAUAAAACUAAUGGUUUGGACUCAGCCCUGAGUGAAAACACUGCCUUCUUUUUGUGGCGUGGUCGUCACUCCAACGCCAGCGGUCGAGACACUGCAGCUUUCCUCUCCAUCGACUCCAAACACCAGGAGGCGGCACAGGUGGUGGUGCCUCAGGGAUCAGAGCCUCCACGUUUUCUGCAGCUCUUUAGCGGAGGUUUGGUGAUCCACAAAGGAACUCGAGAAGAAGCCGUCUCCAGAACAGGAGACUGGCGCCUGUUUGUUGUGAGAGGGGAGCUGCCGGAGGAGGCCUCUCUGUCGGAGGUGGACUGCUGCUGCGCUGGGCUCAGAUCCAGAGGUUCUGUAGUUCUCCUCAACGCUCAGCAGGGGGCACUGUAUCAAUGGAUUGGCUGCAAAGCUCAAGCCAGCACCAAGGAGGUUGGCAGGAGGACAGUGGAGCGGCUCACUCAGACGUGUCCUCCUGAACUGGGGCUCAGCAGGAGUAGUCCCCUGAAGGUGCAGAAGGUGGAGGAGGGGUCAGAACCAGCAGAGUUCUGGACUGCACUGGGACACAUGGACCGAAAGGCCUACGACUGCAUGCUGCAAGAUCCGGGGAAAUACAACUUCACGCCUCGCCUCUUCCACCUGAGUGCGUCCGCAGGGAGUUUUAAAGCCGAGGAGCGGCAGAGUCCCAGCCGGAUGCCAGGACUCGUCAUGACCAUGCCCUUUGUCCAGGAAAUUCUGCUCUCUGCCCCCCAGCCUGCAUUAUUCCUUCUGGAUAAUCGCCUGGAGGUUUACCUGUGGCAGAGAGGGCAGCCCGACCAGAGCGACGCUGCAGCCUGGAGCCUCUGGCAGAACGAGCGGCGGUGUGCCAUGGAGACAGCCCUCCAGUACUGCAAAGAAAUGAAUCCUAGACGACCGCCCCAGGCAUAUUUCAUCUCUGAAGGGACAGAACCUCUCACUUUCACCAACGUGUUUCCAAACUGGGACAGGAGCCUGGGACCUCAAGCACAGGGUGAGGAGGGGCGGCUGAAGCUGACCUUGGUGCAGGACGUCUUGGCUCAGCUCAUGAGGACACACUUCCCCCUGGAGCAGCUCAGCCACAGCCCUCUGCCUGCAGGAGUGGACCCGCAGCACCUGGAGGUCUAUCUGUCCGACCAAGGCUUCCAGACGCUUUUGGAAAUGAAGAGAGAUGACCACGGCUCUUUGAAUUGA